UGCUCCCUUCCUGAGACAACUCAGGGUUAAACUGUGCCUUUACUACCUUACUUCCUGAUCGAGUUAGAUCGUCCUAACCGGGAAUCCGACUACUACGAAAGUGUGUCGUGGGCAAAUUCCUCGAGGCAGCUCCACUUUGUUACUGUCCUGCUUGUGCUCACAACCACACAUCACACCUUGCAGACUGCCAGCUGGGGUAACCUGCAUGGUCAUGCUCGCCGCAGCACACCUCCUCAAUUUUCCCACCUCUCCACAGGCCAGCGGCUCACACCUCUUCCAUUUCCUCAUCGACCUGGGCACUUCGACAAUUCGUAAACAGUCGUUUGUUGUUUCGGCAGCCCGUUGGUGACCGGUCGCUUUAAGCCAUCUUCAGGCCAACAAUGAACGUCCUUUUAUCGCCGCAGCCCCCGACCUUCCCCCUUCCGUGCGAAACCUCUCGAUUCCCACCGCCGCCUCCUGUGUCGCAAUACACCAUGGCAUCCAGGAAGCGGAAAGCCGACGACGACAACGACGAGAUGUCGCUCUCGCCAGUCAGCUCGCCGGCGACAUCCUCGCGGCAGCUUGCGAGACCGUCCAAAAAAGUCCGCGGCGGCAGCGACAUGGCGGGCCGCCCGCUCUCCCUCCCGCGACUUCUCGAGACCUUAGACAAGACACAACUUCGCACAGUCCUCCAAACCAUCUGCGAGCGGCACCCAGACAUCGGCCGGGAGGUUGUCACGAGCGCGCCUCGCCCGUCGGUCGCCUCGGCACUUCAGGUCCUGGGCGAAUACCAAGAGAAACUGCGGGCUGCCUUUCCUUUCGGCCAGUCGAGUUCCGACUACACAUAUUUCCGGGUGAAGCAACCGCUCGCCGCGCUCGUUGAUACCAUCUCGGAUUUUACGCCACAGUUCCUCCCGCCGGUGGAACAGCAGACGAACAUUUCACUACAAUACCUGGAUGCUGCGACAAAAGUUAUCCACGAACUCCCCGACUGGGAGAGCCAGCAGUAUCGACAUCACAAGGACAAUGCAUAUGACGAAAUAUCGGGUGCAUGGGCGCUGGUGAUUACCGAGGCGGCAAAGAGAGGAGGCGGAUUCGUCCUGCACACGGGCGGCUGGGAUCAGAGGAUCGUCAAACACAACCAGCAGUCGGGAGGGAAGAUGGAGCAGGCAAUGAACGCUAUGGUCACCGAGGUCCCGUGGGCAGGGAACAAUUCGAACGGGCCGACGUCGACAUCGGGGCUGUCAGAUCCGAACUCCAUCCGCAACCAGCUUAUGAACGGCACGUACGGCUCGCCUGUCCGCGUCGGCCCCUGGUAGAGCAGCCGGUUUCUUGAGACUCCUGAUAGUGGCAACUGAGUGUUGUGUUCGGGCGGCGUUACGACCUUUCAUUCUUGUUUUUUUUUCGACACAUAGGGGCAUCGGACUAGGAAGCAUAGACUCGUAUGGGCAACGGCGUUCACGUAUCCUUUUUUUUU